AUGUCUCCGGCUGUGAAAAAUAGCGACGCUGAAACCGUCGACGUCGCCAUUGUCGGCGGUGGCCCUACCGGUUUAGCUACUGGUUUGCUGCUGCAGCGUCUGGGCGUCUCUGUGUCCAUCAUUGAUGGAAAGCCUGCCAGCUUAGAUCUCGGUCGCGCAGAUGCCCUCAACGCCCGCACCCAGCAGUACCUCGAGCUCGCCAACUUGCUCGAUGACCUCACUGCCGUCGGCCUCGAGUGCAACACCAGCUCAACGUUUGGUGCAGGCGCCUUCAAGUCCCGCCAGAACGAAUGGUGGGUUGGCCUACAGCACUGUCUUCACAAAAACUUCCUCAUGAUUGGCCAGCCCGUCGUCGAAAAGAUGCUCAGCGACAGACUCGGCCCUGUUGUCCACUACGGCGAAAAGGUCGUCGCCAUUACUGAAGACGAGGCCUCUGCUGAAGUCGUCACUGACUUGGGCCGUGUAGUCACAGCCAAGUAUGUGCUUGGUGCAGAUGGCGCUCGUUCCUUCUCACGAUCUGCCAUUGGGGCUACAUUCACAGGCACCAAGCCGGAAAUGCUCUGGGCUGUGCUCGAUGUCUUUAUCGAGACCGACUUCCCCCGUUGCGCCGAGAUCAUCACUUUUGAGCUCGACGGCCAGUCGCGUGUCUCGUGGAUUCCCCGUGAGCGCGGCCUCUGCCGAUUUUACGUGCUGCUUGAUGGUGAAGUAACGCUGGAACGCUCGCAAGAGUCCAUUAAACAGCACAUGGUGCCUCACAGAGUCGAGUUUACCAAGGUGGAAUGGUACAGCACGUUUGACGUCAAGGAGCGAAUUGCCAACACAUUCAUUUCCAAAGACGGCGCUGGCCGCGUCUUCCUUGGUGGCGAUGCCGCCCAUGUACACUCUGUCAACGGUGGCCAAGGCCUCAACACGGGUAUUGCAGAUGCCUUCAGCGUAGCCUGGCGUCUUGCCAUGGUUCUUACCAACCCUCGAUUGCAGCCCGGAGCCGCACAAAAGAUUCUUCACAGCUACGAUGAUGAGCGCCGUAGCACUGCUCAGGGUGUCAUUGACGUGGCUGCUGCGCUGGUUCGCGAUACUGUCCGCGAGGCCAAGACAUAUGUGGGCACAAUUGAGCGCAACGCAGGCUACAUUACCGGCAUGGGCGUUGCCUAUGAUGAGUGCCAGUCUCCCAUUGUUACUGAGUCGAGCGUCGGUAUCUGGAAGGCCGGUUACCGAUGCCCUGAUGUUGUCGUGACACCCAUUGCUGGCAGUGAGAGCCGCUGGUUGUACCAAGAGGCUUCAUAUGGCAAGUUUGUAGUGCUUCAGAUUGGUGAGCAGCAGCUCUCCGGGCUCGGCUUUGGCCAAGAUGUCACCAUCUAUAAGAUUACGGGCACAGCGGCUGAGGACAGCCACGAGGACGCCAAUGUCAAGAGCUUCUUGGCGGAUUGGAUUACGCCCGAGGAUUCGGCCAUUGUGGUGGUCAGACCCGACUUUUACAUUGGCCACGUUGGUAGAGACGUCGAGGCCACGAGACAAUAUCUGGGAUCUCUGUUCAAGAAUGAGUAG